AUGACCUGCACCCCAUUUACAAAUUGGAGCGAACACGAAUUCGAGGUCUGCUUGGAACUUCACGUAAAAGUGCUUCAUCUGAUUGAGAAUGUUUUAGCGAUUUUUGGAUGCCUAUGUGGUAUUUCGAGUUGCCUCUCAAUGCAUUACGAUGCGUAUUUUCCAGUUUAUGUUAUUGCGGUACUUCUUGGUGCUGCACAAGCUGUUCUGCUCAUCGCUUCACUGUCUGCUGUUGCCGAGCUCAUAAAUCGCGAUACGGAAAGUGGAGCUUUUGUCUACGGUAUUUUGAGUUCGAUGGACAAACUUUCGAACGGACUUGGCUUGCAAGCAAUCGAGCUCUUCAGUCCACCUUCUUGCAUAAGCAGUAAAACUGCACCGGAAUGUGCAAGUUUUUAUCGGGUUGUCAUUGUUAUUGUGCCUGGAAGCUGCCUUCUGAUUGCCAUUAUCGUGAUUUCCACAAUGAUGCUGCGAAACAAGUGCUGCUGUGUUGCCCAGCGACAGAUUCUCGGUACAGUUCUAUGAGAUACGGAACGUUUGAUUGAAGAUUCCUCGAACACUGGGAAUCGCGGCGGAUAG